CAUCAGCGGCAGGUGGGAGCUGCACUUUGUCCUUUGGUAUUAUGAGAACUUGUAGCCUCAUGUGCUGCAAUUUUGCGGACUGACGUGGACGGAGAACAGUAACGCUGACUUAAUUUUUUUUAUUUAUAUAUUUUAAGAGCGUAACCUAAUCAAGUGUUUUGAUGACUUUUGCGCGUCCUGCGACUUUUGUGGCAUUGUGAGGAUGGCAUUCGCUAAAUUUAGCAAAAUCCUUCGCCUGUCACACCUUGAUAUAAAGAAGAGGUUGAAGCAGUAUGAACAUGUUCGCCGGGACGUUAACCCCAAUGAUUUAUGGGAGAUUGUUGGCGAGCUGGGUGACGGCGCGUUUGGAAAGGUCUACAAGGCCAAAAACAGAGAGUCAGGAGCUUUGGCUGCUGCUAAAGUGAUCGAGACAAAGUCUGAGGAGGAGUUGGAGGACUACAUGGUUGAAAUUGACAUUCUGGCCAAAUGUGAUCACCGCUAUAUUGUCAAACUGCUUGACGCAUUCUACCAUGACAACAAACUCUGGAUCAUGAUUGAGUUCUGCCCUGGAGGUGCUGUGGAUGCCACGAUGCUUGAGUUGGACCGUGGACUGACAGAGCCACAGAUUAGGGUGGUUUGUCGCCAGAUGUUGGAGGCUCUGGAUUACCUUCAUGGCAUGAAGAUCAUUCACAGAGACCUGAAGGCUGGUAACAUUCUCCUCAUGCUGGAUGGAGACAUCAAAGUGGCUGAUUUUGGAGUAUCUGCAAAAAACACCAAAACCUUGCAAAGAAGAGAUUCUUUCAUUGGGACACCAUACUGGAUGGCUCCAGAGGUGGUAAUGUGUGAGACCAUGAAGGAUGCUCCGUAUGACUACAAAGCUGAUAUCUGGUCUCUGGGAAUCACCCUGAUCGAACUGGCUCAGAUCGAACCACCACACCAUGAGCUCAACCCCAUGAGGGUCCUGCUGAAGAUCGCCAAGUCGGACCCUCCCACCCUGGACCAGCCCAAGAAAUGGUCACCAGAGUUUAAUGACUUCCUGAAGAGAGCGCUGGAUAAAAAUCAAGAAACCCGGCCAAGCGCGGCACAGCUCCUAGAGCACCCUUUUGUGCGGUCAGUAAUGUCGAACCGUCCACUGCUGGAACUAGUAGCUGAGGCCAAAGCUGAGGUCAUGGAUGAAAUCGAGGACAUCAGAGAGGAAGGAGACGAUGAUGAUGCCAUGGAGCUCACUGUGCCCCCCCAGACCUGUUUGGAAGGAGACCAAGCUUCUGACAGCCCAACCCCAUCACCCUCCCCGUCUACACCAGUACCUGUCCCUGAGAAGGACAUAAAGACAGACACCCAAGUAGAGGAGCAGCUGGGACCUACUGUGGUGGUCCCUGUUCCCCUACCCAGGCACAAUCUGCCCCACACAGAUCAGGUAGAGCUGACUGACAAACUACCCAAUGAGGGCCUCCUCGAGUCGGAGAAAUGUGAGAGCGAGGUUUCAACCAAAACCUCCAGCACUGACUCUGGGAUUGAAGAUGGGAAGAGUACUCCCACAUCUGAGGAGGAAAAGGUUGCUGUAGAGAGCCCAGAUGCAGAACAGCCACCGCAUCCACCCAAAUGUGAGGCACAUAAUGAAACAGCUGACAUCGGAGAUCGGCCAACAGAUCCAGAAGUGCCCAAGAUCCUUUCGACUGAGAACAAAACUAUCAGUAACAAAGACCAGCCAACCCCAAGCCCUGGUCCUGCUGGCACUCUUACACCCAGCCCCUCCUCUCCUACACCUGGGCCCCCCUCUCCUCCACCCAGGCCAUCCUCUCCUCUGCCCAUGCCCUCCUCUGCUCCGUCCACACCCUCCUCCACUACACCCACAUCUUCUCCUGCUAUGAACCCUUUGCCUCUACCUCGUUCUGUGCUUAAUGGUGCCAUGACAAAGGAUGCUUCAGAGCAGACAUCAGCAAGAGAAAGCAUGGAGGGCACAUCUCCUUACAUCAAUGGAGGGAUCAUCAACAGCCGGGUCUUCUCUUCAGGCAGCAUGGCGUCGGACAGCAUGGACAUGUCCCUUGGUAAAGAAAGCUUGUCAUUGUAUUCACGGGCUUUCUCCAGUAAGACGCUGAAACGAACCAGGAAGUUCGUUAUUGAUGGCGUUGAGGUGAGUGUGACCACGUCCAAGAUCAUCAGGGAUGAUGAAAAGAAAGAUGAGGAGAUGAGAUUCCUGAGGCGUCAGGAGCUGCGUGAGCUGCGUUUUUUGCAGAAAGAAGAGCAUCGAGCCAUGGCUGCUCUCACCAGCAAACUGGAAUCUCAGAAAGAACAAAUGCAACGCCGCUUCGACCAGGAGAUACACGCCAAGAAGAAGCACUAUGACACAGAGAUAGAGACCCUGGAGAAACAUCAGAAGCAGACAAUUGAGAAAAUGGAAACAGAUCAUCAAAUUAAACUCAAAGAGGAGACCAAACGCAUCAAAGCACAGCAGGAGCGCAACUACGAGAAGUUCCAGGAUCAGCAGAAACGCCACAAAAAGGAGAUCAAGCAAAAUGCCGAUAAGCUCCCCAGAGCUCAGCGUAAAGAGUCGUUGAAGCAUAUGAUGCAUAACUUUCAACAAAUGAAGCUCAAAGACGAUGAGGCAUUCUUGGCAGCUCAGAAUAAGGAACUCGAAAAUGCUCAGAAGCAAAUAAUCAUGAACAACAAGAGGCAGAUUGCAGAUAUGGAGAGGGAGUGUCUCAGCAAGAAGCACCAACUGAUCAGAGAGAGUGAAGCUACAAUUUGGGACAUGGAGGAGAAGAACCUUUAUGAGAAACAUCAGCUACUGAAGCAGCAGCUGAAGGAUCGGUACUUCCUCCAGAGACACCAACUUCUGAAAAAGCACGAGAAGGAGCAGGAACAGAUGCAGUGCUACAAUCAGCGCAUGAUCGAGAUUCUUAAAAGUCGGCAGCAGCAGGAGAAGGCGAGGCUACCUAAAGUCCAACGUAAUGAGGCCAAGGCCCGCUUGGCCAUGUUCAAGAAGAGCCUCCGCAUCAACUCAACAGGACUCAGUGCGUCUGAGGAGAGAGAGAAAAUCAAACAGUUUAACCAACAGGAAGAGAAGAAACAAAAGGCCGAGAAGCUGCAUCAGCAGCAGAAACACGAGAACCAGAUGAGAGAGCUGAUUGGUCAGUGUGACAGCAACAUGAGAGAGCUGCUGCAGCUACAGAAUGAAAAAUGCCAUUUGCUGGUUGAAAAUGAGACUCAGAAGCUCAAGUAUUUGGAUGAGCAACACAACGUGGAGAUGAAGGAGUGGAGGGAUCAGCUAAAACCCAGAAAGAGGGCCCUUGAAGAGUCGUUGUCCACGAAGAAACGGGAGCAGGACGAUUUCUUCCAUAUGAGUUCUGACAGCCCAAACCCCAGUUCUCCCAACAAAGUCUCCAGGUUUAUGCCUUACCGACAUGCUUCCAACACAUAAAAACAGCGGCUGUGACUUUUCACUUUUCUCCCGGCCAUCGUUUGCACCUGCAUCACCCGAAGGCGUUCCGAUUGCCUGCAGUCUUACCUUUUAUUUGCUUUACCAAUAAUUGUAUAUUUCCCUUCAUUUAAGUUGAUUUAAAGUUUUAAUGAAUAUUUGUUUUAAUAUGCAUUCAGAUAUUUUUGUUUAGUUUUUAACUCAAAUAUUGUAUCAGGAUUCAUGACUCUGAUGUAUCAGCUCUCUGUCACACAGUAUAUGUUUCCAGUCAGUGUUGUGGUUUGAUUUCUGUUAAUUAUUGGUUAUUAAUGAAACAGACUGAGAGUCUGUAGCUGCCAGUUAGUCAGUCUUAGUGAGUAAAUGUCAACCAACAACAACCAGCUGGAGAAUUUGUGUUGCACGAACGAGAGUUUCCAUUAAUGCCUUUAAGUGAGGGAAGAAGCACUUUUUGUUUACACAACUGUUGUUUUCUAAAUGUCACCAAGACUGCAGAACAAAGCCCAUUUUUAUCCCUUUCACCUUUUGUGGCCUGAUUAACGUCCUUCAUUUUCUUCUUAAAUUCUUGCCAAAUGCAUGUCAACCAUUGAAAGUCAUUACUGUAAACGCAGGUUUUAAUAUGCAUCCCUUUUUGUUUGAUAGCUACAUCUGAAGGAUCUAAUUUGUAUUUGUAUUUUUUUAUUUGUAUUUUGUGUGUGUAUCUUGUUUGGGGUAUGAGGCUAUUUUCAAAAUCAGAAUUUAACUUUUUUUUUUAUUAGUAAUGAGAUUUAACAAAAAGGGAAGAGUUGUUUUCUGUUGUGUUUUACUGUAAAUUCUGUCACACUGGAUGGAAGCUGAACAAGCCAAAGUAAAAAUACUGCUGCAAUCCUUGAAGGAUGUUAAGUGGGGUAUUUAAAAAUGUAUUAAGUGCGUAAUUAUACAACAGUCUGUGCAGUAAAUGCGCUGCCUGAUAACCAGAGUGCAAUAUUAUUUUUCCUGAGCUUAAGAGGUAUAUAUUUUUUUCCAAAAACUUUGCCUUUAUUUGCACUGAUAUGGGAAAUGUAGUUUAAUUCCAAAACUAUGUAAAUUAUUUUUCUUGAAACAGUUGUUUAGUAUUUCACUAACAUCGAAAUACUGUGUAUAUUUCUUUAAUAUAGUAUCUGAUUUUUGGAACGUCACCCUUUAUAUCAUUUUUACAUGAGUUUGAUCUGCUGUAAGAAGCCUUGAGUUUGCAAUAACCUCAAACUUACAACCUUGUUUAAUGAUGGACUGGUUCCACCUGCAGAUUUACACCAAAGGAGGAUUCAACUUGAUCUCAAGUAUUUAAACCUGUUGUAAAAAUUCUAAUGGCUCUCUGACUUUGUCUCAGUUUACAUAACAUUAUUUCUAUUUAGGGGUCAUGACUAUGAAUGAAACUGUUUCAGAAGGAACCACUGUUGUAAACAACUCUUAAUAAAUAAAUGUAGAUUUUCUAAUUA